UCCCUCCGAUGCGAUAUACCAAGAUUGGGUACUUGCAUGUUUUGGACUUAGAAGAUUCAGGAAACAUUCUUUCGGUCAAGAUAGUCUCCUCCGAUAGAGGCUUCCCCAUCAAUGUUUAUGGCACUAUCAUCGUGAGAGACAGCAUUGACCGCAAGUGCAUAUAUCUUUUCAACCGUAGUAAGGAGGAUUACCGGACUAUCAACUCAGAGGAAGAAAGUUUGAUUUUGACUGGCCCGGGUCGAGGUUUGGUGUUACUCGAUUUCCUAUAUGUAGAGAUAAAUCUCAAAGUCAAGGUUGACGAAAAGACUCCAGGCCAGCAAACCAGUAAGGGCUUCGUAAGUAUCGAUGGACGAAUGCAACCUAGAGAUGAGAAGGUUAAUGUUGGUAGUGAAAGUCUCAAAAGCUGGUUUAGCAUUGUUGAGGUGAGGUAUGCAGCGAUUCUGAAUGCAGUGGAGGCCACCUUCGAGAUUGAGAUACUCAAGGGUCAUUUCUGUGGAGAGAUCAAAGCUGGCAUUGAGGGUGUUGAAGAGAAGAUUGUGAUCCAUAAUAGCACGGAAGAUGGCGUCGUUACUCGUGGUGACAGAACGGUUAUCAAGUUGCGGCGCCGUGUCAUGACCAUCUGUCUGGACAGAAUGUUCACAUUUGAGUUUGUUAGCGAGGGUUGCCGUCUGUGUGGUGGGGCUCCUAAGGCUACUAGUGAAUGGAAAGUGGAUUUCACACCACACCGCCGAGGUGACGACGAAGCAAAAGUAACUUGUGGUGCUGGUAACUUUCUACUGAAGGUCGUCUGGUCCAUGAUGGACAUAUUAGACCGUAGUCCAGUUGCUUAA